CCUAUGGACUGUCAAUUAUCGCAUCUUAGCAAGCACACAAACGGCUUCGAUUUUGGCACAUUCGUCUCAGUUUACAAGGAACUCAACGAAACAUGUUUACCAGAGAGCGAGAUAUUUUUCCAUGGAACGCGGCUGUUGACGGAACGAGCAUGCGAGGUGAUUACAGGAAACGAAAGCGGCAGUUUUAGUGCUAUCUGGAGCAAAUGGACACCAUAUCCAAUAGAAGAUAUAUGGACAAGAAUUGUAACAUGGAAGUUACCACUCUUCCAGCUCGUGGGUCAGUUCCCUCGAUCUCCCCUUGGAUUCCGUGUCGAGACGGCUACGAUAUUCCACGUUCUUGGAGACCCGAUAGACUCCAUCGUAAGCAUGUUUGUGACACUCGCGAUUUGUCACACGAGGGUGGAAGCGGCAAAGAAGCUAUGCUUGAAAGCUAAGAUCAGCCCGUCUUCCCCCGAGUAUGCCAGCACAUGGAAGAGACUUGCGAUUAUCAUGGUCGCAUAUGAUGAUUGCGGAAAGGGUGACGAGCAACUACGCCAAUUUCGUCGUACAUAUUUGAGACUUCGAAAGCACCCUCGCUUCGAGACCGAAAUUCGACACAUUUACGAAGAAACUGCAGAUUGCCUCGCAGCUGACCGCCAGACAAAGUCUCUUCCAGUCGCGCUCGCUGAAUUGUUCUUCAUUGGUGGUUGGAUCAUCGCUCUCAUAAAGGCCGCUGCAUCUAAUCCAAGCCCUACUAACUGGCCGAAUGUUGAAAUCCACAGUGUGGCCUUCUCAGGAUUAUAUUUAUGGGUUACGUCUUCAGUCGCGAUUGCGUCGGUGAUUGGUGUUUCCCAGACGGAGGCUUCCAUUCCUCGACUCCUCCAAGGUUUUGAGUACCAUCUGGACUGUGUGAAUGUCGAAUUGAAAACUCUUGCUGUAGGAGAUCUGAGUUCAAGUCUUUUCCCAAGUACAGUGACAGAAACACCGACGCAAGUUCAAUCACGAAGGCCUUCGGCCGCACAUCGCGAGGCAGUCCGGUGGUGUAGUACUGGAGAAGCAAGAGCUGCACAAGGAGGUCUGAACGCCUGGCGACCUACCAAAUGGAAUCGUCCACGAUCGCACAAAAUCAGCAAUCUUACCAUGUCAGGAUUUAUUGUUGCUGCAUUAGUUGUUGUGGGUGCAAGCUAUGUCACUGCGAUUCUGCUGUCGUAUUACGUCCCUCCUCAUGGACCAGGUUGCCGUCACAUACCUGAGACACUAAUGUUUGUGAUAUGGGUUGCAAGUUUCAUUCUGGAAUCUUUAAUCGAGCACUGGGUUAGAGAAUGGCGAUUCUGGUCCGUUUUCACCAAAGAUGUAUUCUGUGCGCUUAGCAACAUUGCUAUCGUCGUGGUCACUCAAUGGGGUAUCAUGAAUCGAUGUAGUUGUUGGUCGAUGUGGGGAUUGGCGGGACUCCAUCUCCCCCACCUACCAGAAGUGAUGCCCCAGUUGAUGAGAGAUGCUCGGCAUGUGGCUCCGUGGAUCGUUUCGACAGCUAUUCUAUUCCAGAUGCUGUUUUGUGGGCUCAUAGCUUGGUGGUACUAUGAUGCGGUACGCGUGUUCAUUCAGAGAGAUGACGGUAUUUCACAUUCUAGAUGGAGAAGACGAAAUCCGGGGGCAGAAAUCAGGGUAGGAGAAGUCUAG